AUGUCUUCAGAAGAAGCCCUGGCCAAAAUUUUGGCAGCCCCAGCUCUUCCACCUCCGGCUGGCGUCACACCAAAUUUUGACAACCCGCCGAAUUCGAAUACCCUCGCCUGGUUUGUGACCACUUUCUGUAUGGUGGUAGCGACACUAUGUCUCCUACUUCGAGCUUAUGUGAAAAUAUGGCUGGAUAAGAAGCUUCGAGUGGAAGAAGCCUACUGGGGCACGGCCUAUGCUGCAUAUUCUUUGAUCUACACCCCGGGCUAUGGAGUCCAUACCUGGAACCUUCACAACAAAGAUCUCAUCAAACCUCUCUAUUUGAUUCUUGUCUAUGGCUGUAGUUAUUCUGCAGUUCUCCCCCUUAUCAAAACGGCAAUCUUGCUGGACUGGGGUAGGAUAUUCGUUGCCAUCGAUCGUUCCAAGAAUCUCUUUUGGUGGGGAUGUAUGUUCGUCAGUUUCAUUCAGUGUGCCUGGGGCAUUUCUUGCAUCAUUCUGCUGAACAUGCAGUGUCGCCCGCAUGCGGCUAUCUGGAUGUUCUAUCUGCCCAGCAAAUGCUAUUCCCUUCCCAAGGUGAUGCUUGCAUCAGCUAGUAUCCAGGUCAUCUCUGACAUUCUCAUGUUUUUGCUGCCCCAGAAGAUUAUCUGGAGCCUGCAAAUGAAUUGGCAGAAGAAGUUGGGUAUCUCAGUGAUCUUCGGAGUUGGUAUACUUGCCUCACUCGCAGCGUGUUUCCGCCUAGCCCACACCGUCACUUUUGCAACCGAAGCCGACAGCAUGUUUCUCAUCGGACCUCUCCUCUUCUGGGCCUGUGCCGAAAUGACUUGCGGCUUCUUUAUUUUCAGUAUGCCAUGUCUCUCCAAGAUGGUGAUGGAAUCAGGACUCCCUCGGAAAGUCAAAAGCGCUCUCGGCAUCAGUGCUCCCAGAUCGAGUAGUCCGUCUUAUGAGAAUUCCAACUCUGCGCCGCAAAAUAAGCCUUGGAAGAAGAAGAACAAGGUCGAAACUACGUGGUCAACGCUGGCUGAUGACGAUAUACCACUGUCGAGUCCAGGGGCUUCCGAAUCUCAAGAGCGUCUGAAUAAUGAUCGGUUCCAUGAACGAGCGGAAUCUAUACAUGUCCUCCAUACUACCAAGGUCACGAUUUCGAGGGAGGAGCCUACUGGAGAUGGUCUCUCUUCGCCGAUCACACCGUGGAUUAAGAAAUCAUAA